AUGAGGCAAAGUGUCUCUUAUAGUCUAAACCUGCUCACUCUUAGUCUGCUUUUCAGUCAAUUUUUCAUUUGGGUUAUUAUGAAUAACAUCUCUGUUGGAGAAUUUAUUGGAUUUUAUGACUACAUUGUCAUAUGGGAUCAGUGCAUUGGAUUCAACUUCGAUUUUCUAAGUGUUGUAUUCAUGGGUGUAUAUGAGUGCCAUUGUGGGUUAGUUGGUGAUGCGGAAGCAAUGGCUCCUGAUAUCUCUUCCAGUGUGAACCCUCAACCUUUUCUGCCUUUAUUAGCGCCUUCACCAUUGACACCAUUCACAAAUGAUAGCAUUCCAACAUUAUCAGGUCUCUGUACAUUGAAUUUUUCAGUUGUCGGUGAUCUGAUGAGCAAAACAGCCACCGACUGCUGGGCCUUUUUUGCGCCUGUAUUGGCUAAUGUAGUGUGUUGUCCUCAGCUUGAGGCCACCUUGACGACUCUUAUAGGGCACUCCAGUAAAUACUCUAGGAUGCUGUCUUUGGAUACAACUCAUGCAAAACACUGCCUCUCAGAUGUUGAGAAGAUCCUAGAGAGUCAAGGAGCCAAUAAGACUAUUCAAAAGAUAUGCUCAAUUCAACCAGAAAACCUCACUGAAGCCUCUUGCCCUGUUAUGGAGGUUGAUACGUUUGAGAGCAUUGUGGAUUCUUCGAAACUACUUGCUGCUUGCCAAAAAGUUGAUCCUGUCAAUGAGUGUUGUCAGGAAGUUUGCCAAAAUGCCAUAUUAGAUGCUUCUAGAAAACUUGCUGAUAUUGGUAUUGCUGCAAAUUUGGAAGGUGUCCAUGCUGUACCUCAACAGUCAUCCAGGAUAGACGAUUGUAAGAAUAUUGUGCUGCGAUGGCUAGCGAGUAACCUUGAUCCUUCUUCUGCAAAUAAGGUCCUUAGAGGACUAUCAAAUUGCAAAGUAAAUAAAGUGUGUCCUCUUGUUUUCCCCAACAUGACACGUGUUGUGAAAGAAUGUGCAAAUAUGAUAACAAGCCAGGCCUCCUGUUGUAAAGCAAUGGAUAGUUAUGUUUCCCAGUUGCAAGAGCAGAGCUUUAUUACAAACUUGCAGGCCUUAAAUUGUGCUGCGUCACUUGGAGUGAAGUUGCAGAAAGCUAAUGUAUCCAAUAAUGUUUAUCAACUUUGUCACAUAAACCUCAAGGACUUUUCUCUUCAAGUUGGAUCACAAGAGUAUGGCUGCCUUCUGCCAAGCCUGCCUACAGAUGCAACAUUUGACAAAACUUCGGGAGUCAGCUUCAUUUGUGAUCUAAAUGACAACAUUGCAGCUCCGUGGCCCUCUUCAUUUUCUGAACCUCCAUCGACAUGCAACAGAACUACCAAAAUCCCAGCAGUACCCAAAGCAACAUCUGCACAAAGCGGCCUGUACAAGAAUUUGAUGCUUCCUUCUUUCUUUUCCUCCUUGGUGGUUCUCAAGCUGCUUCUCUGA